ACGUCAGAAUAAGAGGCGGGGCUAGUAGUAAAACGUGAAAACAAGAAAGGCCGCCGUAUUAGAACAGGUGCUAAAACAGCACCGAAAACAUCGCAAGUAUGGAUUCGAGCGGUAAGACACCGAAUAAUUUGAGUUUCAAAGAGAGGAAGGGUUAUUUCGUUCCACGCUGGGGGAUUGUAGCGGGACUGGGCUUUGCUGCGCUGUGCGUGCUUGCUGUGGGGCUGAUUGUGGGAUACUUGGCUCCCUGUGGUUCGAGGUCCGGUGUUUCCGACUUAAUAAAUCCCGAAGCUCGUAAAGAGUUACCGUAUGUGCGAUUACCUAGAAGCAUUAUACCAGAACACUACAAUGUGGUACUGCAGCCCUACAUUGAACCGGGGAAUUUUUCUUUCGACGGAAAAGUUGAGAUUCGAAUUAAGGUACUUGAACCGACAAACAAUGUGACUGUUCACAUCAACAAUAUCACAGUCAAGCAGGACACAGUUGAAUUGUCCGGUCAUGGGGCACCGACCAUCAGUUCACUCGGAGAGGAUAAAGAAAAACAGUUUUUUAUAUUGUACCUGAAGGGUCAAUUGAGUGCCGGACAGACGUAUGAAGUGCGAAUGGACUUUGUGGGAACUCUUAAUGAUCAACUUUCCGGAUUUUAUAGGAGUUCGUACCAAGAUCCAAGUGGUCAAACCAGGUGGUUGGCAACAACACAAUUCCAACCCACUGAUGCUCGCCGGGCAUUUCCCUGCUUUGAUGAACCCGGGUUAAAGGCCACCUUCAACAUCACCCUCAUCAGACCCUCCCACCUUACCAGUAUCUCAAAUAUGCCACGGUACAAAACUGAAGAAAGAGAUGAUGGCUGGGUGGCUGAUCAUUAUGAAACAACUGUCCGAAUGUCCACCUAUCUCUUGGCUUUCAUAGUCAGCGACUUCGUUAAAAAAGAAGCUCCCAACUUUUCCGUGUGGAGCAGAGAGUCUGUGAUCGACACAACAGCCUACGCUCUGGAUGUGGGUCCAAAAAUUCUCAAAUUUUAUGACACUUUCUUCAACAUAUCAUAUCCUUUGCCAAAAAUGGAUAUGGUAGCAAUUCCUGACUUCAGUGCGGGUGCCAUGGAGAACUGGGGUCUCAUUACUUACAGGGAGACUGCUCUUCUGUUCGAUCCCCGCUACUCGUCUGCCUCCAACAAACAAAGGGUGGCAACGGUCAUCUCGCAUGAACUCGCCCACCAGUGGUUCGGCAACUUGGUAACUCCUAAAUGGUGGGACGACCUGUGGUUGAAUGAAGGGUUCGCGAGCUACGUCGAGUACCUGGGAGUAGAGGCGGUCCACCCUGAAUGGAAGAUGAGCGAUCAAUUUGUCCUGGAUGACCUGCAGGAUGUUCUUGACCUGGACUGCCUAAAGACUUCUCAUCCCAUCUCUCUGCCUGUCCGACAUCCUGAUGAAAUUAACGAGAUUUUCGAUAGAAUAUCAUACGGAAAGGGAGCAUCUAUUAUUAGAAUGAUGAAGUACUUCCUUGGAGAUGACAACUUUAAAAGGGGAUUGGCGAAUUAUUUGAACGCCAAGAAAUUUGACAAUGCUAUUCAAGAUGAUCUCUGGCAAUAUCUCACUUUGGUCCAGGAGGAACAAGACCGCAUUGAUGUUAAAACUGUAAUGGAUUCAUGGACACUUCAGACAGGCUAUCCAGUGGUCAAAGUGACCAGAGAUUACACUGCUGGAACUGCAACCGUACAACAGACAAGAUUUCUCCUAGAAUCCUCAGAAAAAGACAGCAGUCGCUGGGAAAUUCCUUUCACCUACACAGAUGGAGCAAAUCCAGAUUGGAAUCCCAUAACCAAACUUUGGCUACACAAAACAAAUGGAAGCAUCAAAGGUUUACCUGGAGCUGACCACUGGGUAGUGGGCAACAUUCAAGAGGUCGGUUACUAUAGAGUCAACUACGAUGACCACAACUGGAAAUUACUCAUCAAGCAAUUCCUGGAAAACCACGAGGUGAUACAUCCUGUGAAUAGGGCGCAGAUAAUUGACGAUUCACUUGACUUGGCAAGGGCGGGUCACAUAGAUUACCAUUUGGCACUCAAUAUGACCCUCUACUUGAAGGAAGAGGAUGACUACUUACCUUGGAAAGCAGCUCUCUACGGAUUCUCCUUCAUCGACUCCAUGAUCUCUAGGAGUGCUGUCUUCGGAAAAUGGAAAAAUUAUUUGGUUGAACAGUUGAAACCUAUGUAUGAACGCCUUGGCUGGAACGAAAAUUCAGAUGAAAAUAUAUUAGUUCAAUACAAGAGAACGACCGUUGUGGGAUGGAUGUGCGGUUAUGAUUAUCCAGACUGCAUCAAAACGGCGCAGCAAAAAUUUGAAGAAUGGAGAAGAGAUCCCACCAACACUAACGUAAUUCCUCCUAAUUUGAGAAGCGUAGUGUAUUGCUCGGCGGUCAAAAAUGGCGGAGAAGAUGUUUGGAAUUUCAUCUGGGAGCAAUACAAGAAAGCUCAGAUCGCAUCUGAGAAAGACAAAUUCAUGUAUUCAUUGGCAUGCGCCAAAGAACCAUGGUUGCUCACAAGGUACCUAAACUGGAGUUUGAGUUCUGAUUCGGGCAUUCGUAGACAGGAUGGAAGUUAUGUCUUCCGAUCUGUUGGAUCUAAACUUUAUGGAAGAGACAUAACAUUCAAUUACAUCAGAGACAAGUGGAAUAUUGUAUUUGAAAGGUAUGGUAAGUCCUUCUUCGCAAUCAGCAGCAUGUUGAAAUCAGUCACACGAUCUCUCAACACACCUUUCGAACUCUUCCAGCUGAAAGAGUUUUACAAAAAGUACAAGAAUAAUCUGGGUACAGCCAACAGAGCAUUUGAUCAGUCGCUGGAAAAUGCCGAAGCUAAUGUUAGGUGGAUGGAUAAAAACUAUGUCCACAUUGUCGACUGGUUGAACUCAGUCAUGUGAAAAAAAUCAUUUCAUCUGUUUAUAAUAUCGGUUCACUCUAUUCAUAUAAUUAAAAAACUGAAGAAACGUUUUCAACUAAAAGAAAGUUGUCAUUACAGGAGCAAAUCAUUUUAAUUUAUUAAAAUUGUUCUUUUUUUU